CCGGAUUUGGGGGCAACCGGUAUGUGGAUGAGGAGGCAAAGGAGUCAUGCCACCUUCAGACUUUUUUUUAUGUAUGACUCCAAUUGACUAGCAACCAAAUCGAGUCUUUCUUUUGCUCGGUCCUUUUUGUUUACUUUCAUUUUGCAUCAUUAUCUUGAGCUUCACUUCAAUCUGUGCUCUUUCCCUUGGGACGACAGCUCAUGAAUCCUCUGUGGGCUCUCAAUUGAAGUGACGUACCUCUACCGGAUACACAAAACAAAGAGCGAGUGAGGCGGGCUGAUUUCCAACAAACCACACGAACAACUAUUCAAUUACGCCUCAACCCACAAGCAUCACCAACUUACUUAAAGAGAAGGCUAAAGAGAAGGACGCACAAAAAGUGAAACAGCAUAGCGUUCAGUCCCACGGACGACAGCAGCCACCAUGCCUCUGGCGCCCCCGACCGAACUCCUCCACCUCGACGUCGAGGCCAUAUCGGGGAUCCUCGGCUCCGUAUCAAUAGCAUGCUGGGUCGUCGUCUUCUCCCCGCAAAUCAUCGAAAACUUCCGCCGCUCAUCCGCCGACGGGCUAUCCAUCCAAUUCAUCAUCAUCUGGCUAACCGGCGAUGUCUUCAACAUCCUGGGCGCCGUUCUUCAGGGUGUCCUACCGACCAUGCUCAUCCUGGCUAUUUACUACACCAUUGCCGACGUGGUGCUUCUAGGGCAAUGCUUCUAUUAUCGGGGGUUUACCUGGCGGGAUGAGGUCGCCAUCGUUGAUGAGGUAGUGGAAAGUGAUGGCGACAGCCGGAAGAAUAAGCGCAAGGGUAGGGGUGAUGGAAGCAGAAGGGAAGGAGAGAACUUGGGAUCUGGAUCUGGGCCGGAUGAACGCACCGCUUUGCUAGGAGGAGCUGGAGGAGAAAGAGGAAACGCGGGCGUGGCGUCCUCGGCGGCCAGCGCUACCACUAACACCACGCUGACUCCUCACCACGGCCACCACCUCGGCCCCUACGACGGCACCCGUGAACGUCGCGGGUCCUGGUCGCACCUCUCGCCCGCCGUACCUCUAGUCGACCCCGCCGAACUCGAAGCCGACAUCCUGCACCGACGGCGCGGGCGCAACGGCAACCGAUCGCGAACGUCUGCCAGUUCCGGUGGUCCCACGAAGCUGCAAUCCUUCUUGUUCAAUAUGCUCGCCAUCUUAAUGGUUUGCGCAGCCGGCGUCAUGGGCUGGUUUCUGUCCAGGGAGUAUUACCCACAGCAGCAGCCUUCAACCGAACUUCCCUCUUCCGAUCCCAAGGACGGCGACCUCCCCAAAACAGGAGUCGAAUUCUCCUUCUGGGGCCAAAUCUACGGCUACCUCUCCGCCAUCCUCUACCUCGGCUCGCGGCUGCCUCAGCUGCUGCUUAACUUCCGGCGCAAGUCCACCGAGGGGGUAUCAAUGUUGUUCUUCCUGUUCGCUUGCCUGGGCAACUUGACCUAUGUCUUGUCCAUCCUGGCCUACGACGGCUCGUCCGAAUGCGCCGCCGGACCGGGCGACUGCGAAGCCGGCGAGGAAGGAAAGAUUUACUGGCGCUAUGUGCUGGUGAAUGGGAGCUGGUUGGCGGGCAGCGCGGGGACGUUGUUGUUAGAUGGGGCGAUUUUUAUGCAGUUCUUUUUGUAUAAUAAGGAGGAGGUUUGGGGGGAUGAGGAUGAUGAGAGUGAGUGGGAUAGUGAGAGUGGGAGUGGAAGUGGGAGUAGUGUGAUUAGUGAGCGGAGUGGAAGGGUUAGUGAGGAUGGAGAAGAAGGGGGUGAGCAGGGCCAGGAAAGUGAUGGGAGGGGGUGGGAUAGUGAUGAUGAGAGGAGUAAGUUGGAUGAGGAUGAGAUGAGGGAUCGGAGGAGAAGGGUGGUGUAAGUGAGAGUGGGAGGAUAUGAAGUGAUGGAUUCUCUAUGGAUUUGGGUUGAAAAAUGUUUGACGAAUAUGACGCAAAAUGGAACGGAAAAUGAGUGGGCAUAUAUGAGCGUUUAGGAUGAC